AUGCUCGUUCGGAUGAUUGCCGGUGCUGGACUUCUCGGCGGCGGCGUUGCGGCGUUUGUGUUUUGCAGCGAGGAGCCGAAAGAGAGCAAGUCGUACACAACGUGGACCACCGACUUGCAGCGUUCCACACACUGGGACAGCAACUGGGACAGGCGGGACCCUCAUUUCUGCGCGAGGCCACCAGAGGACUCCUCACCGGCAGAACAGAUUCGUUACGACGAUGAAGUGAUGAAGGCCAAACCGAAGCGAGAUCGCUAUCUCUACCUGAUUCGCCACGGUCAAUUCAAUGUGAAGGGCACUACGGACCAGGAGCGCGCGCUUACAGAUCUUGGCCGCAAGCAAGCGGAUCUGACGGGUCAGCGGUUAAAGCAGACGGGCAUCCCUUUCACGAGGAUGGUCCACUCGACGAUGACGCGGGCCAUCGAGACGGCCGAGAUCAUCCACAAGCACUUGGAGCCGCUUGCGAUGGAGUCGUGCGAGCUCAUCAUCGAGGGGGCGCCCGUACCACCAGAGCCACCUUUUAGGUCCACAACGUGGAAUCCGAAGGCCAAAAAUUUUUUUGUAGAGGGCGCCCGCAUCGAAGCUGGCUUCCGCAAGUACUUCCACCGGGCGCUUCCCACUCAGCAGGAGGACUCGCACGAGAUCAUCGUCUGCCACACGAACGUGAUCCGGUACUGGGUGUGCAGGGCUCUGCAACUUCCACCCGAAGCCUGGUUGCGCUUGUCCCUCCCCCACUGCAGCACAUCGGUCGUGAAAAUCACGCCGUUAGGAGAUGUCUCCCUGCAGGCACUCGGGUGUGUCGGACACAUGCCCAUGGAGAUGAUAACAAAGUGACACUUCCGGAGCU